UUUUCUUUUUUACAUCAAAAAAGAAGAAAAUUGAAUAGAUGCAAUAAAUAAAGGAUUAAAUUUGUACAAUUUUCGAGACAUCAUCACGCCUCGGAUUUCUCGGCUUCUCUCACUCUCCAGAGAGUAAUCAUCUCCUUCUGAGUUCGGAUUGGGGAAAAUCCAAAUUUUGAUUUUGUGAGUCUGAAAAUAUUACUGAGACAUUUGGGAGUUUCUGUGUGUUGUGGAGAGAGGCUGCUGGUUCGCGGAGUUAGUUAAGCUUCUGCGAGCUUGGGAUCCUCUCUCAUUAAAAUUAUGAUAUGAGGUCUUGAUGAUUACGUGACUGCAUCCCGUUUGGAAAGGAAAUUUCGUAGCUUGAUUAACACUGAGGUCAUGGGUGCUGCUUGUUGCUGCAUUAGGGAUGACUGGGAUGAUUUUGCUAACCCGAACAACUCAAUAUACAGAAACUGUUUAUGCCCCCAUUGCUUUGUUCAGAAUUUCUUGUAUCUGUAUGCAUCACUGUUUCAUCGAGGAGAAGAACGAACCUUACCCUCGUCCUCUCAAGGGACAGCUUCUUUAAGUUCCUCAGCAUCGAUUGAUAACUCUUUACCCGAUAUGUUUCGCCCUCCUCCAAGACCUCUGCCUUAUGAUGCAGAUCCAAGAUAUUUUCGCUUGCAGCGUGAUGGCCUCGUCUCUCGAAAGGAGAAAGGGUCAAGCCAUGCACAUGAGGAAACUGAGCCGCUAAGAUCAAGCGAAGUUGACGAGGAAUCUGAGUCUGUGACUACCAAAAGCAAAUGGAAUGAAUUUACAUGUGAAGAAGCAUCCAAAGAAUAUAGUUCAAAAUCGUCCCUAAAGCCAUCAACUGCCAAACCGGCUACAGGAUUUGCUCAUAUUUAUACUUCAUCCGAAGAUGAAGAUGUCUGCCCUACAUGCCUUGAAGAGUAUACCAAAGAAAAUCCAAAGAUACUUACACAAUGUUCUCACCAUUUCCAUCUUGGUUGUAUAUAUGAAUGGAUGGAAAGAAGUGAUAACUGCCCAGUCUGUGGCAAGGUGAUGGCAUUCGAUGAGACGACCUGAAGUCUUCCCUGGAGCAGUGGUCGUGGAUGAAAGCUACCAGCUACAAGACAGAAGAAUACAUGUGGAGCUGGAAAAAGUGUAAAGUGAUUGUAUAUAUGAUGGUGUCAAGAGAAAUGUGUGAUGGGUCUCUAAAUGCUGAUGGUGUUCAGCACAACAAUGUUAGCAGUGCAUCCUUCAUUUUUCUUGCAGAUACUUGUGCUUGUAUUUGUCACAGUUGCCAUUUCCAUUUCAUGGAGGAAAAUUCCUCUUCAAUUGGAGUACAUAUUUGCUGUUUGCAUUA